UCGACUUUUGGGCAUUCGAUUUAGCAGGAGCACUGGCUUCUGGAGGCAUGUAGACUGAGGCCCCAGGUCCCUUUGUCAUGGUGGCUGCAGCUCUCACACGAGGAACGAUACGAGCCACGCCCAGGUCCGCUAUCUUGGCCACCAUCUCUGAGUCUAGGAGAACGUUUCUGGCCGAUAAGUCGCGGUGGAUGACGGGCGGCGACCGCUCGUGGAGGUAUGCUAGGCCACACGCUACGUUGUACAGUACGGAGCACUUGAGAGCCAUGGAGAAGAAAGAUAGCGGUGUGACGGCGCCGGACGGAGGGGGCGUGUCCGGAGCCAGCAAGUCGUGAAGACUCGUCAGCAGUCGCUCCAUGACGAGGGCUGGCAGUCGCGAGCCGGGAAAGAAAGCGACGCCCAGAAACUGGACGAUGUUCGGGUGGCGGAGGGUGCUCAUAAGUUGGCAUUCCCUCACGAACUCGGUCACGGCCUUAGGCAGUUCGUCCGUCGUUGCAUCCCCUUCUUGCAAGAUGGGGCUCCGCCGCCGAUUCUGGUUCCAGUGAGCUGGACGUUGGAGAGAACGAAGGGCCUCAGCCCCGGAUGGUCGCGGAGAAACUCUUCAGCCAUGUUUUUA